GCCUCUCUCGCUGAUGUCGGGUCCACGGCGCGCGCCGCCCGGCACGCCGGCUUCCUUCGCUGACGGACUUGGAGCGAUGUCUGGGCCGCCUUCUCUUGCUGCUCUGCUUUGCUUCCUCACCACCAUCUCCCACCUUCGCCCGCCAUGGCGCUCUCCUCGCUCGACCCCUUGGGCCUCGUCUCGCUGCUCUACCAGGGCAUGCAGCUCAUCCUCGCCUGGCUCUUCGCGCCGCUUCCGCCGCACGCACACGCCCACGUCCAGAAGCCGCUCGGCCGCGUCGCCGUCAUCGGCGCCGGCAUCACGGGUGUCUCGUCCGCCGCCCAUCUCGUCGGGCACGGCUUCGACGUGACGCUCUUCGAGGCCGGCGACCGCUCCAACCUCGGCGGCAUCUGGGCCAACGUCAACAGCAGCUCGGGCCUGCAGAUCAGCUCGCUCAUGUACCGCUUCCACCCGCUGGUGCGCUGGACCAAGGGCUAUCCCAAGAAGCAAGAGAUCCUCGACAAUGUCACGCGCGUGUGGGAGACGUAUGAGCUCGAGGAGAAGACGCACUUCAACACCAAGGUCACUUCCGUCACGCGGCACCGCAGCUCCAGCGAUCCCGAAGAGCGCGGACACGGACGCUGGAUCAUCAACAACGACGACAGCGUCGUGUACGACGGCAUCAUUGUCAGCGUCGGCACGUGCGGCAAGCCCAAGUGGCUGCAGCUGCCCGGACAGGACAAGUUCAAGGGCAAGAUCGUCCACUCCAGCCAGCUCGACGACGUCGAGCUGACAGGCAAGAAGGUGCUCAUCAUCGGCGGCGGCGCGUCGGGUGUGGAGGCGCUGGAGCUUGCGGUGGAGAAGAAGGCGAAGCAGAGCAUCAUCCUGGCGCGCAGUGACAAGUGGAUCAUCCCUCGCUUCACGAUCGUCGAUGUGCUCCUGGCACUGCAGCCCUUUGGGCGGCAGACGCGCUUCUCCAUCAUUCCCGAGUUCCUGCUGCGCAAGCUGCACUACCGCGACCUGGAGCAGAAGAUGGCGCCGUACCACAAUGGCUUCUUCACGGGCACGCCCAUCGUCAACACCUCCUGCCUCAACCACAUCCGCCAGGGCAAGGCAGACUACGUGCGCGGCGAUGUCGUCACGCUAACGGAGGGCGGCGUGGAGUUCAACAAGCGCAGACGCGAGCAGAAGAGCGGCGAUGAGGGCAGCAAGAUCCACUAUGAUGCCGACGUGAUCGUGCUUGCGGCCGGCUUCGAGAGACCGUCGAUGGACUUCCUGCCCAAGGAUCUCUUCCCCGAGGACUACGAGCGCCCCAACAUGUACCUGCAGGUCUUCAGCGUGCAGGACUGCAGCGUGCUGUGCACCAACUCGACGUUCAAGGAUGCGGUGGGCACGAUUGGCAACUGGCACAUUGGCAUCUACUCGCGUGCCCUCGCUCUCUUCCUCAUGGAGCCCUCCACGCGGCCCGUGCCGCGCGACAUGCGGCUCUGGGUCGAUCUCAUCCGCUACAUCAAGCAGAACGCGCCCGCCGGCGGCCUCGAGUUCUUCACCUACACCGAGCUCGUCAUCUGGCUUGUCUCCUUCCUCUUCUUCCGCGUCAGCCGCAUCAAGUUCUUCUUCUUCGUGUGCUUUGGCCUGGGCUUCUGGGCAAGGGAGGAGAAUGGAAAGGGAAAGCCGACGGGAAAGCCGCACUUCCGCCUCUCGCUCAGCAAGCUCGUGCCGCACUUCCGCUCCAAGAUCCACAAGCCCAAGCAGCUCGGCGGGCCGAUCUCCGCGAGCCGGAGCAAGCAGAGCAACAAGCAGUCCUAGAAGCUUGUGCACUCGCUUGGCGUGGCUCUCUCAGGCAUUCGCUGUCCCGCUGCUCGUUCG